ACAACCCCUGCCCUCCCACUGCAGAGGACAGGCAGAGCCUCGGGGUCCCAGCAACUGUACUACUACAUUUUGCCCUCAUUUUCUCUACCUGUACCUCCACUUUCACCUCUCUCUCUCAGAUUGCAAAGAAGCCCAGCGGCGGUGCAUUUGGGUUUUACGUUAGUGGGUUCUUUCUCUCAGAAAGCCGGUGGUGGAUUAUGGGUUUCAGGUUGUUCGGUUCUUUCUCUCCGCCUUCACCUCUCUCCCUAUCAGAGUGCAAAGAAAGUCGACUGUGCGUUCUGAAUUUUAGGUCUUGGGAAAUGGAGUUUUUAAAUCCUGAAGGAGUUGAACUUCCUCCACCUCCACCUCCACCCAUGAUUCCUCCUCAUGUUGUCAUGCUUGUAGCAGAAGAAAAGCCUGUUGAGCUAUUUACAAAUACAUCAACUCCAAAACUUAUUCCCAUGGCAAGGCCUGCCAAUGGAACAAAAGGGGCAAAGGAUUCUGACCAACCAUUUCAAAGUGGCGGUGAACAAGUCCUAUGGAGAGAAAGAAUUGCUUACUGUGGCGGUGACCAACCAUUUCAGAAUGCAAGCCCUGGGAGGGGCUCUGAGCAUGUUGGGAGUGAGGGAGACGGGACGAGAGUUGAGAAGCAAUUUCAUUCCAAAACGUUAAAGCUGCAGGUCAACCUUGAGACUAAAAUCCCAAUGAAAGCAAUUGUGAUCAGUUUUGAUUCCUCUUCAUUGGAGGCAGUGUGGGUUCUUGAUAUCAUCCUAAGGCAGAAUGUAGCAAAACAGUUCUUUCUGAAAUCAAAACAAGAGCAGUAUGGUGAUGGAGAAGAAAUUACAUGUUCUGAAUACUUUGCCGUUUAUAAAAACCUACCGGUGUGUGAAUCAGCAGAUUUCCCAUGCAUCACCGUUGCGAAACUAAAGAAGCUAGCUUACUUUCCGCUUGAGGAUAAUGAGUGUGAUUGCAUUAGGAAUUUGCAGAGGGAUGGAGUUGAGCCUCUUCUAAUCAAUCUCUGUCCUUCCCCUGCAAAUGCAUCCACUACAAUGAUUGUAAAACAUGACCAUGUUUUGGACUUGCUCACUGCUUCCCAGAUUGAUUGGAUGAAGUAAUGAAAAGUCAAAAUAAAAAAGUAGGCAAAUGUGCAGGGCCAUGGUCAAGGAGGGCCUAUGGCCAUAGGAGUAGGAGGACGUGUUGGAGGUGGCACACAACUGGGUCCCCGCCGCCGCCGUCCCAUUGUAUAUGGCCAGUGGUGUGGUAAUGACAUUGAUUUGAUGAGGGAAUAUCACGAGGCAGUGGCUGCUAGUUUGAAAUAUGUCCUCACACUCCCUUUGUAGGAUUAUGUGAGUGUUAGGUACAUGAUUUCACACACACGGAGAGUUGUUGAUGUCGACGGGAAUCAUACAUUAACUGUGCUGCACCGAAUUACCUUUAUGAUAAGGCGGAAUGGCCAGAAAGUCCGAUGGAUGGUAGAGGAAGCUAGAAUAGCUGCGUGGGAUGAUUUUUGCCGGACUGUCCAAUCAGUAGAAGAAAUUGCUUUUCGUGUUGUAGGAACAAUAGAGGUCAAUAUCCACGUUCAUGUGAGGCAGCUGGCUAGGAAAGAGAUUCUCACCUUAACCGAAUUGGUAAACCAGAUUCACCUUUGGGGAGCCGUAGAUGGUGAUUGAGAGAGGUUUGAGGUGCAGAUAGCCGAGCAGGUGAUGUAUUAUGACUCCGAUGAGAUUGAGACUUAUAACUACAUGGUAGGCUGGGGGAAGGCAGUCGUUGCUUUGCGGGGUGUGCGGGUCUCGAGAUAGAGAUCAGUCUGUAAAGGAAGGAAGGAAGGGGCUAAGGCUGUGACUUUGAUUUACCAGUAAUACAAGUAAACAAUUCAAAAGUAUAGGAUUGUAGCUGACUUGUCGAACUAAACAAUCUUUGCAAGGAUAAGAAUUUGGAUCUAAUCUGCUUUUGUUUUCAAAGUGAUGAGAUUUUUUGUAGUUGACUUGAACGAUGUUGUGGUCUGAGGGCA